AUGAAGAAACCUGGAGGACCGGCCAUCUUUGCUCAACAACCCACUGCCACUUCUGUCGCCGCUCCACCAUCGCGCGCCCCGGCGCCAGCUGCAGGCCUCUCCGAUGACCUUGCCAGGAAGAUCGCCGAAGCGAGGAAUAAGGUCACUGAGGCUCAGCGCAAGCUCGCGAUCAAGGACAACCCGUACAUGUCCAUGCCGCAAACCGGGAAGAAAAACAAGCCCGUGGAACCGUCGCAGCAAGGUGCUGGGCUCAAGAUGACUGCACAUCCUCUUUUGCUCGACACUAGCGUCCCUGCGCCACAGUCCAAAAAGGACCGUUAUAAGCCCAUGCAGCCGAAAUUCGCCUCCAUCCGUGCGAACACACGAAACGCACCCUCGCCGUCUCCCGCACCGACACCCACACUCCCGUCUACUCCCAAAGAGAAUCCCUACGCUGCUGCAGCUGCGGCCACAGAUACGGGCUUUGAGGGUGCACCGAGGGAGAGGGUGGGGAGGAGUAUGAAAUUCAAUCCGAAGGAGGCGUUGAAGCAGAGGAUCGCGGAAAGCGCGAGGAAGGCUGGCUUGGACACGGAGUUCGAUACUUUGGAGAAGAAUAUACGACGCGAGGCGCCACCUGAUGCAGAAUGGUGGGACGUCGCUUUGUUACCCAACAAGCACUACGAUGACGUUUCCAACUUGGAUAUCGGGCAGUUAAAUAUUCGAACGGAGAGCUCGCCUAUCACCAUAUAUAUCCAGCAUCCAAUUCCAAUUGUUGCCCCUAGCGAUAAGAACAGCAUCGAGGCCAAGCCUCUAAUGUUGACGAAAAAGGUACGUCUCCAUGCCUUCCGUGCUGCAUUCCAUUCUUAA